AUGGUAGCGCGCGGUCCGAGGCUACGAAGGCUGAGUUAUCUCAAAGCAAAAAUAGCUACGUUACUGACGGUGAUCGGAGCCGAAGCUAGGAAAGUUUUCUCGACGUUUACGUUCGACGAAGGUAACAGUGACAGAAUACAGCCGGUGUUAGAGAAGUUUGCUGCUUAUUGCCAGCCGUUGAAGAAUGUUCCUUUUGAGAGAUACAGGUUUUACUCUACAGCGCAAGAAGCGGGAGAAUCGUGCGACCAUUAUCGGACAGUCCUGCGACAAUUAGCUGGUCGAUGCGAAUUUGAAAACAUUACGGCAGAUCAAACUUUACGGGACAAGCUCGUUUUCGGAAUUCAGGAUUCAAGGGUACGUGAAAGGUUGCUUCGCGAAAAGAAUUCGUCACUUGAGAAAACUGAUGAAAUUUGUCGGGCGCACGAGACAACGAUUGAAAAAAUGAAAGUUGUUGGAGGUGCCAACCCUAGGGAUACAGAUCUGGGUGAUGUAAAUGCCUUUUCUAAAAAGUCAAAAGGAGGGAAAAGGAGGCGUGGUCGAUUCCCUAGAGGUGCUGGAGCACAAUGUAACGUAGCCCCUUUGCAUUUGAAAAAGAAAGCGACAAGAGACUUUAAUUUUCUUAACGUGUCCCCAGUAAGCACCGUGAUUAUUUCGUAUGGUGGGACAUCGAUUCCUAUCCUUGGUAGAGUUCGUUUGAGAGUUUGGCGUGGAGAUUUCAGAUGUUUUCUUGACUGUAAUCUGGUGGACAGCAAAAGGACCUCUGAAGGUGACGUAUAUGCCCAUGAUGCGCCAACCGAGCCUGUUUUGUCCGCUGACCAGUUGGUCAAAAAAUUCCCUCGCGUUUUCAGUGAUGGAGUUGGUAAACUUCCUGGAGAAGAUCACAUGGAGCUAGAUGAAGCGGUGAAGCCGGUUCAACACCCUCCUCGCCGAGUACCGGUUGCCAUCCGAGAACGUCAACGAGAGACUUUAGGAGAUUUGGAGAAGCGAGAAAUUGUAGUUCGUAUGACAACGCCCACAACUUGGAUUAGUUCAAUGGUUGUCGUACCGAAGCCAAAUGGUGCCUUACGCAUUUCCUUGGACCCUAAGGAUCUCGAUCGGGCUCUGCGACGAGAGAAUUAUCCCUUGCCUACCAUCGAAGAGGUUGCUUCUAGGCUACAUGGAGCCAAAGUGUUUACUGUCCUUGAUGUUGUCUGUAGAUCUGGUGUCAUGACUGAUAAGGUGAUGGAAAUGGUCACAGUUGAACCUGAUAUCAGGGAGACGGACAGGAAUGUGAUGAAUUCCUGUGUCUCUCCUAAAGGAUUUGCUCUCAACUAG